AUGGCUAAGAAAAAUGGCAAGAGCCAGCCAGUAGUACCAGAGCCGGUAAGCUCGGCAGCUACUGGCAAUAAAAAGGGCAAAAAGGGCAGGAGAGAAGAAACUGAAGAAAUGAAGCAAACCAGACUACUUAACCGAGCUAAAGUGACUUCCACGUCUAGUUGGACAGGUAAGUUGCCGCAGACUUUGCUGCAUGAGUUUUGCCAAAAACGCAAAUGGGGAAGGGUUGAAUACGACAUGAAAAAAGCCGGAAAUGAUGGAAUGAUAGCAACGGCAAGUUUAUCGCACAAGGAUCCUAAGACUAACGAGCCAUUGGUGGUGAAAAUGUACGAUCCUGCUUUUGAUAGAGCCACCGGAAAGGGGCUCCUGAAACCCCAGGAAACGGCCAUGGAAGCACGCCAUUUUGCCGCCACCGUAGCUCUGUACAAGCUUGCCUCGAUGUCCAACAUGCAAAUGAUGCUACCGCCAAACCACAAAGCUCUAUGGUACGAAUUGGACGACUUUAAAAAAAACCUCGUCAAGCAGGACCAGGCACAAGCGGAAAGACUUUUUGACCCGGAACCUUUCAAGAGGUUGCUUUUGGAAAGAAAGACGAAAGACCUCAAGAACAAAGAGCGCGAUGCGAAACAACAGCAGGCGCAAAAGGUCCGGCAAACGCCCACUCUGAUCACUUCAUUAUCUGCCGAAGCGGAUCAGCAACCUAUAAAUGGGAAACGUAAGCAUGAGAAACGAGAAACCGAGCCAGUUGACAAAAGAGUCAUUAGAUUCCCGCAAAAAGUCUGGGAUACAGCUACUUUUAUUGACCUUAGAGAGUCUUCGCGUGCCGAGAUGGAGAAAUCAUUAAAAGCCCACGUCGAUUGGCGUGCUAAGGAGUGGGUAGGUGAAAUCACGACGGAAAGAACGAAAUUGCAAGAAAAGCUGAUAUCUUUGGGUUUUAGGAAGCCACAUGUCCUAGAAUCUCUCCACUACAAAGAUCCACUCUCAUUCCUCUUGUUGAAUUUGCCAGAGGACGAUCUUCCGCCGUUUUUCCAUAAACGUCAGCAGGAUACCAAAAUGAAAGUGGAGAUUUCCUCUUUAUCGCUAAGAGUUCAGAACAUGAUCAAUCGUUUGAUGGAAAGUGGAGCUUCGUACGAUGAAGUUCUUUACGCUUUAGAGACCACUGAUUAUGACGAAAACGAGGCAGCUGGUAGGCUAACCGAGAAGCUUUUGGCCGCACCCAUUAUACCGGUCUCAGGAAUAUCUGAUAGAGAUUCUGAUGAGACAUGGAUACAAGAGCUUGAAAGCUUGCAGAGUAUUUUUGGAGACGAGAAUAUUAAUGUUCUGAGUGAUGACAAGAGCUGUUAUACAAUGGACUUGAUAGACAAAUUCAAUCUCAAACUAAAAGUAUACAAAACAAAACGCUACCCCGAUACACUUCCCGGUUUGAUUGUAUCUACAUUCAGUAAGGAUUACAAACUGCCGAAUUACAUCAAACAAAACAUCCUAACCAAAAUCUUAAACUACGUGACGGAAUCGAGCUUACUAGGAGAUAUGAUAAUCUACCAUAUUUACGAGUGGCUCAGAGAGCAUAUUGCAGGUAUUAUAGAGAGCCCUGGAUUGUUAUUGCCAGAGACUUUGACUCAAGCCGCGAAAAAUGCAAAUGAACAGAGUACAAAGGGUCCUACAUUGCGGAAGAGGGGCCCGAAAGUUGGAACUUUGGAUGCCAAAGAGAUAAUAGCAUUGAAAUCUGAAUACGAGAAAAGGAUUGGGACGCCUGGGUUUGCUGCGAUGGAAAAACAGCGCUCUCAGUUACCUGCUUGGAAAAUUCGGAAAAGUAUAGUCGAUUUGAUUGACAAAAAUGACGUGGUACUUAUUACUGGUGAGACUGGCUCUGGUAAAUCUACUCAAAUAGUCCAAUUCGUUUUUGAUCAAUUGAUCGCCAAAGAGGGGAAGCUUGGGAAAAUCAAGAUUAUCUGCACUCAGCCCAGAAGAAUUUCAGCUAUUGGGUUAGCAGAGCGAGUUUCUGACGAAAGAUGUUCCCCAUGUGGAAAUGAAGUAGGAUAUAUCAUUCGUGGUGUGAACAAGACCAAAGCUACGACAAGUAUUAGAUUCAUGACAACCGGUGUCUUGGUCAAAAUCCUACAGGGAAACAAAGAGUAUCUGUCAAAUACCGUGGUCUUCAUCGAUGAAGUCCACGAAAGGUCUGUUGAUACCGAUCUGAUUGUCAUAUUACUCAAGAAUCUGCGAGGGAAAGUACCAGGAUUAAAAAUUGUGCUCAUGAGUGCCACAGUCAAUGUUGAUGUCUUUACAAACUACUUCCGCAACAUGAGAAGUUGCCACAUCGAGGGUCGAACUUUUCCAAUUCAGGAUUACUUUUUGGAAGAUAUUCUUGAAUCACUAGAUUACAGGAUCAAGCGCAGAAAUAUAUCAUACGAAGAUGCGGAAAGCGGACAAGAUGAAUACCUGACGCCCAAGGCAGAUUCCAAGUUUUUCCAGUCUGGUCAGAUUGACUACGAUCUGAUCGCAUCUUUGGUAUCUCAUAUCGACUUGAAGUUGAAGGCAGAGAAUAGUAAUGGCUCAAUUGUGAUCUUUCUUCCUGGUGUUGGCGAAAUUAAUAAUUGUUGUAGAAUCUUGAAGCGCUCAAAAGGUGCUAGCGAUCUCAUUGUUUUGCCGUUACAUUCCGCUCUGCUUCCUGCUGAUCAGAAGAACGUAUUCAAGCGAUUUGAGGGAAAGCGAAAAAUUGUGGUUUCCACGAACAUAGCCGAAACCUCUAUUACCAUUGAUGACUGUGUGGCGACCAUUGACUCUGGUAGAGUUAAAUCAAUGUUCUACAAUGCGCAAGAAAACACAACAAGACUUAUCGAAUGUUUUGUUUCGAAAGCCGAGGCCAAACAGCGGAGGGGUAGAGCAGGUAGAGUCAGGGCUGGGUUCUCCUAUAAACUUUUCUCCAAGACCAAAUUUGCAGAAAUGUCGGAACAACCAGUGGCGGAAAUCAAGCGCGUAAGUCUGGAGUCUCUAUAUCUAUCGGUGAAGUCUAUGGGUAUCAAGGAUGUGAUAACGUUCUUAGGUAAGGGCCUAGAUCCUCCUCCAGCGGAAUCACUACAAAAAUCAGAGCGACUGCUGACGGCUGCAGGCUUACUUGGUGAAGACGAUACCCGUCUCACGGAAUUGGGGCAAUACAUUAGCUUAAUGCCUCUCAUGGAUUAUAAGCAUGGAAAAAUGCUAAUUUACUCUAUAAUCUUCGGGUGCGCAGAUGUGGGGAUCAACAUUGCUGCCAUCUUGAGUUGCAGUGGAUCUCCAUUUGCUAUCACGCAAGACAAUCGAGAUGCCAUAAAAAAUUUAUGCCAGAGCUACAGUAAUGCAGGCGACUUAUUGGCGUAUUUGGAGGUUGUGCGCCAGUAUUUAGCGAUCGAGGAUUCUGCGUCUCGGAGAAAGUUUAUGGGUCAAAACUAUCUGUCCUAUAACAAGAUGAAUGAAAUUACUUCCUCCAGAUCUCAAUUGUUGAGCAUCUUGAGUGACAUCGGGUUUCUACCUAAUAACUACGAUCUUGGAAAGUCCAGCUAUCUCAACCGCAAUGCAAAUAAUUUAGAGAUCAUCAAGGCCAUUUUAACGGGUGCAUUUUAUCCACAAGUGGCUAGGGUACAGCUUCCAGACCAAAAAUUUGUUAAUACCAGUUCUGGUGCCAUAGAGAAGGAUCCUGAGGCAAAGAUGAUUCGAUACUGGCUUCGAAAUGAAAAAUACAUUGAUCAUCUGUACGGCCUAGACCGCGAAUCAGAAGUUGAAAAUACAAACCUUCCUGCAACUAGGGCAUUCUUACAUCCAAGCUCUGUUUUUUUCUCCACAAAGAGCGAUGCUCCUGCUGAAAAUGUCGCUUUGGAAGCUACAUCUGCGAAGGCGGUAGCGAACGGCCAAAAUUACCUCAAAGCCCCAUUCAUUAUCUACAAUAGUUCUCACUCGACCAGCAAGCUAUACUUGCGCGAAAUCACUCCAACCUCUACUCUGGCGCUGCUACUAUUUGGUGGUUCUAUCAAGUACGAAUUACAAGCGACCGCGCAUUCUCCGGGACUGGUGAUCGACAAUUGGCUGCCUAUUCGUACUUGGUGCAAGAAUGGCGUGUUGAUAAAGGAACUCAGAGGCUUACUGGACAGUGUUAUCGGUCAAAAAUUGGGUAGUCCCGGUCACACAUCUCAUGGCGGUGACGAAAUAUUGGCAGUCGUAGAGAAUAUUAUAAAAGCAGAAAAUGCAUAG